ACGAUGAAGUUGUAGAGAUGCUUUCCUACGUGAUUGCCACCCUGGGCUCAGCAGGGGCCACCUGCAAAGACUCCACCUGCAACAACAGCACCAAGGAUUACUGCUACAGCGCUCGCAUCCGCAGCACUGUGCUGCAGGGGCUGCCGUUUGGUGGCGUGCCCACUGUCUUAGCCCUCGACUUCAUGUGCUUUCUUGCACUGCUGUUUGUCUUCUCAAUUCUUCGUAAAGUUGCUUGGGACUAUGGACGUCUGGCCCUGGUGACUGAUGCUGACAGGCACCGGCGCUGGCAGACGGAGCGAGAGGAGCGGGAAUACGUGGCCUCUGCUCUGCACUCUGACAACCAUGACCGCUACGAGCGCCUCACCUCUGUCUCUAGCUCUGUGGAUUUUGAUCAGCGGGACAACGGUUUCUGCUCCUGGCUGACAGCCAUCUUCAGGAUAAAGGAUGAUGAGAUCCGGGACAAGUGUGGGGGCGACGCAGUGCAUUACCUCUCCUUCCAGAGGCACAUCAUCGGGCUGCUGGUCGCUGUGGGUGUGCUCUCUGUGGGCAUCGUGUUACCUGUCAACUUCUCAGGGGACUUGCUAGAAAACAAUGCCUACAGCUUUGGGAGGACAACUAUUGCCAACCUGAAUUCAGGGAAUAACCUGCUGUGGCUGCACACGUCCUUUGCCUUCCUGUACCUGCUGCUGACAGUGUACAGCAUGCGCCGACACACCUCCAAGAUGCGCUACAAAGAGGAUGACUUGGUGAAACGAACUCUUUUCAUCAAUGGGAUCUCAAAGUAUGCUGAGCCAGAGAAGAUCAAGAAGCAUUUUGAAGAGGCCUACGCCAACUGCACCGUUCUGGAGGCUCGUCCCUGCUAUGAUGUGGCCAGGCUGAUGUUCCUCGAUGCAGAGAGGAAGAAGGCUGAGCGUGGGAGAAUCUACUUCACCAACCUGCAGAGCAAGGAGAACACCCCUUCCAUGAUCAACCCCAAGCCCUGUGGCCACCUGUGCUGCUGUGUCAUCAGGGGCUGUGAGGAGGUGGAGGCCAUUGAGUACUACACUAAGCUGGAGGAGAAGCUCAAAGAUGACUACAAGCGGGAGAAGGAGAAGGUGAAUGAGAAGCCUUUGGGGAUGGCCUUUGUCACCUUCCACAACGAGACUAUUACGGCCAUAAUCCUCAAAGACUUCAACGCUUGCAAGUGCCAGGGCUGUGCAUGCCGUGGGGAGCCCCGAGCCUCCUCCUGCAGCGAGUCCCUCCAUGUCUCCAACUGGACAGUCAGCUAUGCCCCUGACCCACAGAACAUCUACUGGGAGCAUCUUUCCAUCCGGGGCUUCAUCUGGUGGAUUCGCUGCCUAGUUAUCAACGUGGUCCUAUUCAUCCUCCUCUUCUUCCUCACCACACCUGCUAUCAUCAUCACUACUAUGGACAAGUUCAAUGUCACUAAGCCUGUGGAGUACCUCAAUAACCCCAUAAUCACUCAGUUCUUCCCCACGCUGUUGCUGUGGUGCUUCUCUGCUCUGCUGCCCACCAUUGUCUAUUACUCUGCUUUCUUCGAAGCACACUGGACCAGGUCUGGAGAGAACAGGACAACCAUGCACAAGUGUUACACCUUCCUCAUCUUCAUGGUCUUGCUGCUGCCUUCACUGGGCCUGAGCAGCUUGGAUGUGUUUUUCCGCUGGUUAUUUGACAAGAAGUUCCUGGCUGAAGCUGCAGUACGAUUUGAGUGUGUGUUUCUGCCAGAUAACGGGGCCUUCUUUGUGAAUUAYGUCAUCGCCUCUGCUUUCAUUGGGAAUGCCAUGGACCUGCUGCGCAUCCCUGGCUUGCUCAUGUAUAUGAUCCGCCUCUGCCUGGCCCGCUCAGCCGCUGAGCGGCGAAACGUCAAGCGACACCAGGCCUACGAGUUUCAGUUUGGGGCUGCUUAUGCCUGGAUGAUGUGUGUCUUCACUGUGGUCAUGACGUAUAGCAUCACCUGUCCCAUCAUUGUGCCCUUUGGGCUCAUGUACAUGCUGCUUAAGCACCUGGUGGACCGGUACAACCUGUAUUAUGCCUACCUGCCUGCCAAGCUGGACAAGAAGAUCCAUUCAGGGGCUGUGAACCAGGUUGUGGCAGCCCCCAUCCUCUGUCUCUUCUGGCUUCUCUUCUUCUCCACCAUGCGUGCAGGGUUCCUGGCCCCGACUUCCAUGUUCACCUUUGUGGUCCUUGUGAUCACCAUUGUGAUCUGUCUGUGUCACGUCUGCUUCGGGCACUUCAAAUACCUCAGCGCUCACAACUACAAGAUUGACCACACAGAGGUGGAUGCUAUAGAAAGCAGGCAGAAUGGGAGACCUGCCACCAAUUUGCCAGCUCCAAAAUCCGCAAAGUACAUUGCCCAAGUGCUGCAGGACUCCUCACCCGAGGGCGAAGCAACCGAGUCCGAGGAGCAGGGGUCCCAGGAUGAAGAGCUYAUCAACGGGGAUGGCAUGAAUGACACGGAUUUCCAGUCAUGUGAGGACAGCCUGAUAGAGAACGAGAUCCACCAGUAGGGACCUGAGAGGGAGUGAGGGAAAGGAGUCCCAGGCGCUGGGCAGGCUGCCGCACAUGGAGGCAGAGAGAAAAACACUGAAUGAAGUGCGCAGGCAGGGAGGGUGCCAGCUGCUGCCAUUGCCCACCCCCAGGGCCACUACCUUCAGCGAGGGCAGGGGCGCUGAGGCUCUCCAUUUCCCUGCCUCCUCCACCCCUGCCACUGCUCCAUCRGGCACCCAGGGAGCAGCAGUGAGGGGCAUGCUCCUUGCUAGCCACCUUCUUGGACACACAUCCAGACCGCACAACCCCAGGGGCUGGGGAGGAAGGUGACUUUUACCCUUGCUGAACUGCUUUUGUGAACCAGGAGGACCCAAGGAGAGCAGGAACAUUGGGUGCUUUGUGGGGAUAGGGUGAGCACUGGGGACAGGGGGAGCCUUCAGGCACCUCUGGGACUCUAGGGACGGAUKGAUCCUUUGACCUCCGUUCUCCUGAAAAAGGAACACUAAUAACUUAUUAGAUUUUCAGGAAAGCAAUGAACACAAAGCUUUAACUGGCAUAUUGGCAGCAAAGGGCUGGGAAGGGAGGCGGCUUUGAGCYGCCGGGAACUGUUGUGUCUAUGCAGAGCUGCUCUCCCUUCUCUCUACGGCCGGAUGGGCCCUUGCUCUGCCGUGGCUAUCCACUACACCCACCCACACACCCAAACACACACCCUGUGCUCCCACCGCCUGCCCACAGCAGGAGCUCGUGUCGACCCUGGGCUGGGUGAGGGCUGGAACACUGCAUUGAGCAGCUGCCCCCCCCAUGCAAUGUGAGGGGCGCUGAGGGCAUUCCUUACUUCYAGGAGACCUCUUUCCUGGGUGAUGCCCCCUACCCCUCCCCAGGCUUGCAGCUGGGGGGACACUGCAUCCUUUUAAGUAGCAUUUUUUUGCACAUUUUUGCUCCCCUUUCAAACAAAACCUGACCCCCACGUGCUGCCCCAGCUCCCUGUGCCGCCCUGUGUCUGCACAGCCUCGAUGGGCACAGGGAGGGCUGGGUUGGUGUGGUGGGAGUCUCCUGGGUGCUAUGGAGAGGGGAGAGGGGCCUGGACCACACAGCCCCCCAGCACAGGCGGAGGCGAGCGUGCUUGGUGACCCCUGGGUCGCUGCCUUCCCUGUACUURCAGGUCUCAACUCAAUGCAGGAGGUGGUCACAGAGGGAGGGAGCCUCUCCCAGGCAGCCCACUGCUUCCGCGAGGCCAAGGGCCCCGUGCAGCUGUGCUGGCUUUAUUUAUAUGCUUCACGCCCAGUGUGAGAGGGGGAAGCCGUUCCUGCACCCUCUCUGCCCUUGCUGCCCUCCCUGGCAAUGACAGUGUCCCCAAGGCAGGGAGGGGACAGAAAGGAUGCCAGAGGAUCCUAGGCCAGGGGCAGGUCUAAGGCUCAAGACCUGCAGGUGGGAGCAGGCAGAGGAUGUAGACUGGAGCCCCUGGCACACGCAGGGCCCUGUAACCCUCUUUGAAGGUUCUUGGGAGGGCAUUUCUGGGGUCAGGAUCACUUGCCCUCAGUUGCUUCCUCCCUUACCCUUGUGUAAAAUGUAAAGGAAAAAAAUAAAUCUCCCUGCUAUUGAGCUGUAUUUAUUUCCCCAAAUCCCCUGCCACCAUCAUGUUUGGUGCUCAUUGCUGACACUACCGCCUUCCCUUGCCUGUCUUCGGAAGGCUGCUCUGGCUUGCUGGAGCCAAGCCUGGUGCCCUGUAGCUGGCUCUCCUGGGGCUUUGGGAAGGGGACAGUCAUUUACCAUUUUAUUCACUAUUUCUGGCCCUGGGGCUCAAAGCACUUUAUAGACCCAAAUGAUUGAAGAUUCAGCCCUUCCAGCUCUGGCCUGGGAAAGGGCAGUCACAACUGAUUGCUUCUUUAUUCCCCCUCUCCCCCUGUUAGAGGAGGGGAUCCUGAGGCACAGAGCAGGCAAAGGGCUUGUCCUGGGUCACACGGCUCCAGGAAGGAUGUAGCUGACUUUUCCAUACACCUCUCUAAUAGGAAUUCCAGGCCUGGAAGAGCUAGGGGGCAGAAGGGAAGAGACAUGGAAGCAGGAGAGGGCAGGCUCUGUCUGGCCUCGAGGCUCCAGAUGAGCUGGAGAACGUGCAGGGUGCGGGAAGGCACAUUGGCUUGUUGUCCAUCCCCUUCUGGGACAGGCUCUAAUGAAAUCUGCAUGUGAGAUGAGAGCUCCCAGCACAGUUGUGGGUUGGAGAGGCAAGGAUGUUGAUCCUGCUUCCAUAUUCCCGUGCCCAUUUAGCACCCUUCUUCCCCGUGGCRGGCUGGCUCCGAUCCCUGCACGGGCGGUUGUGGCUCCAGGGCUGCGCCUGUAGCUGUUGGGGCCAUGGUCGGGCUCUGCCCACGGAGGCCUGUGCUCUCAUUGGC